CGAGUUUGUGAUGAAGCCUACUUCAUUUAGAGGGGGGUCCGGAUACCCCACGAUGAGCUGCUAGGAUACUUUGAGCCUAGCUCGAAGCGUGACUGUGAACGCGGCUACACGUGCGGGAUGUGGUCCGUGCAGGAAUCUGAGCUUCAAGCCGGGAAUGUCAAAAUAUCCGCGGCGAACAAUCACCGCCGCAUAUCCCACGUACCCAUACCAUAAUCACAAUGCCACCCAAAGCACCCCUCAAUUGGGGUCUCACACCACCAUCCUUUCUUCUUCCUUCAUCAGCGCGCUCCGUCCUCCAGCAAAAUGCGCAUCAGAUAUCCUCAAGACCCGCCAUCGCAUACACAUCGAUCCGAACCAUAAAAUCCACUUUCACGCCCAAACCCGACCGCUUCGCACAUCAUCCCGCCCGAGAAGCCCUCACCAGCACAUCUACCGCAGCGCUCGAGCGAAAAGCCCACAGCACACCCCUGCGAACGGGUCUUCUCGCCCUCAAGAAGGGCAUGACAUCCAUCUACGACCCCGAAACAGGGAAGCGCACAGCAUGCACCGUUUUACAACUUGACCGUAAUGAAGUGGUUGCGCACAAACGGAGAGACCAAAAUGGAUACUGGGCGGUGCAGAUCGGUGCUGGACAAAAAGAAGCGCGGAAUGUCAGCAGGCCCAUGCUGGGACAUUUUGCGGGUGCGGGCGUGAGUCCUAAGAGGUGGGUUGUUGAAUUCAAGGUUAGGGACGAGGCAGGGCUGGGCGUUGGCAUCGGGGAGAUGGUUGGCGCGGGGUGGUUCACAAAGGGACAAUGGGUGGAUGUCAAGGCGAUAAGCAGGGGAAUGGGAUUCGCUGGUGGUAUGAAACGACACGGUUUCGGCGGUCAACCAGCAUCCCACGGUCAAUCGCUCAUGCAUCGUGGUAUGGGUUCAGCCGGAGGUUCCCAAGGUUCAGGUUCUCGUGUGCUACCUGGCAAGCGUAUGCCGGGAAACAUGGGCAAUGAGAGCGUGACUGUCAAGAACUUGAGGGUGUUACAGAUCGACGAGCAGAAUGGCAUUGUUGUUGUCAAUGGCUGCGUACCAGGACCGAAGAACCAGAUUAUCCGCGUUCAAGAUGCGAGGGGGAAGCCGUGGCCUGCUGGGCCCAUGUCAACCGCAGAACUGAAGCCAACAGAGGUUCUAGCCGAGGCGGGCGUUCCUGAUGCCACCGAGGCGACAGCCAGUGCAUAGGAACAGAGAUGAAGAGACGAAGAAGUGAACAUUGUACCAUAUCAAAGAGACAGGUGGCUCGAACUAUCUGAAUACGGGCAAGGAUUACCAUACGAUUGUGCAUACGAUAUACUUCCGGUUUGAUGAAGAUGU